AUGAAGAGCGCUGGAGAAGUUCAUUGGAGAGCUGGGCUACGUCGGAGGGGAGAUAAGUGCCGAUAACGUCUAAAAAGGUGCCUGCUGCUUCGAUUGGCUCCUCCUGCAGCUGGGACAGCAUCUGCACAGAUAUAUUGCCCUCCCAUCAUCGCCAUUUCACUGUGGGUCCCCAGGAGCUGCAGCAGCAGGGCUGUGCUGUCAGGGCAGGAGCCUCAGGAUGGGGAAAGAGGGACUCCUGUCCCCUUGGGUGCUGUGGCUGUUCCUCUGGGUGCAGCCUUGCAGAGGGGCUGCGGAGGUGAGGCUGGCGGAUGGCGGCAGUCGCUGUGCUGGGAGAGUGGAGGUGAAACAUCAGGGCCAGUGGGGGACCGUGUGUCAUUACGACUGGGACAUGUCUGAUGCUGCAGUGGUUUGUAGGCAGCUGGGCUGUGGGGGUGCUCUCAAAGCUCAUCGGAAUGCACACUUUGGGCCAGGAUCUGGGCCCAUUUGGAUGGAUUAUGUUGGCUGUCGUGGCACCGAGUCUGCCCUGUCUGACUGCACACAAAACAGAUGGGGUCAAGCAUACUGCUAUCACAGUGAGGAUGCUGGAGUGACAUGCUCAGGAUUUGUCCGGCUGGUCGGAGGGGACAGCCCCUGCUCAGGAAGUGUGGAGGUCUACGACAGGGACCAGUGGAAAGCUGUCUGUCACUCCUACUUUAGUGCCAAAGCUGCCGAGGUGGUGUGCAGGGAGCUGCAGUGUGGCACAGCCCUGUCUGUCCAUGGGGCAGCUCAGCUGGGAGAAGGGGCCGGUCCUGUCUGGGACGGAGAGCUGCAGUGUGUGGGGAAUGAAUCCGUCCUCUCCUUCUGCCCCACGGGGGCCCCCAAGGACAAGGCCUGCACCCACAGCAAUGGCACUCAUGUCACCUGCACACAGUACACAGGGUUCAGGCUGGUGAACGGCAGCACAGCGUGUGAGGGCAGGGUGGAGGUCAAUGUGCUGGGGAGCUGGGGGACCCUCUGUGCCUCCCGCUGGGACCUCUCGGACGCCCACGUUCUGUGUCGGCACCUCGGCUGUGGCUUUGCUGAGUCCAUUCCUGGAGGAGGGCAUUUUGGGAGAGGAACCGGCCCCAUCUGGAGAGACUCGUUCCACUGUGACGGGACUGAAGCCCACCUGGGGCAGUGCCCGGUGACUGCCCUGGGGGCCUCGCCGUGCUCCCAGGAGAACGCUGCUGCUGUCAUUUGCUCAGGCCCAGCUCACCACAUGUCUGUACGGCUGGUGGGCGGAGGGAGCCGGUGCGACGGGCGCGUGGAGGUGUUCCAGCACGGGACGUGGGGCAGAGUCCUGGAUGAGCAGUGGGACAUGCAGGAGGCCAGCGUGGUGUGCCGGCAGCUGCAGUGCGGAGAGGCAGAGGCAGCCUACACCCCCGUGAGGGCCGAGCGAGGACGAGGACCUGUGGGGCUGCGUGGGGUGCGGUGUGCAGGGCACGAGGCUGACCUGAGCCUCUGCAACACCUCCCUGCCUCAGAGCAUGCCAACAGAAGGGAUCAUGGAGGACGUGGGGGUCGUGUGCCGGGGGGGCCGGCGGGUCCGGCUGGUGGAUGGGGCUGGGCGCUGUGCCGGGAGAGUGGAGAUCUACUACCAGGGGCACUGGGGCACCGUCUGCAACGACGCCUGGACCUGGCCGACGCCGCCGUCGUUGCCGCCAGCUGGGCUGUGGAGGGCCCUGGAGGCAGCCGGCUCUGCUCGGUUUGGGGAGGGCUCCGGGCAGAUCUGGCUGGAUGGCGUCAACUGCUCCGGGGCUGAAGCUGCUCUCUGGGACUGCCCUGCCGAGGCCUGGGGGCAGCACGACUGCGGGCACAAGGAGGACGCGGGAGUCAUCUGUUCAGAGUUCAUGGCCUUGAGGCUGGAGAACAGCGACGGCUGCUCCGGGCGCCUGCAGGUUUUCUACAACGGGACGUGGGGCAGCGUUUGCUCCAACUCCAUGACCACCGAGACGGUGUCACUGGUGUGCAAGGAGCUGGGCUGCGGGAAUGAAGGGGAACUGGAAAUACAUUCUAACUAUGCCAAGCUGUCUGGUACUGCAUGGCUGGAUCACGUGGAGUGUGGGAAGAGCAACAGCUCCUUCUGGCAGUGUCCCUCUGCUUCCUGGAAUCCGCAGUCAUGUGAUGACCUCCGAGAAGAGACCCACAUCACCUGCAAUGAAAGGCCGCAGGUGGCUGCAUGCCCCAACUCCACCAGCUGCACAGACAGGGAGAAGAUCCGUGCUGUGGGAGGCAAGGACGACUGCUCGGGCAGAGUGGAGAUCUGGCACCGUGGCACCUGGGGGACACUGUGUGACAAUGCCUGGGACAUGUGGGAUGCCGAGGUGGCGUGCAGGCAGCUGGGCUGUGGCCCCGCGCUCUAUGCCCUGGGCCAGGCUGCUGCUGGAGAGGGGACGGGCCCCAUGUGA